AAUGCGAUGGUGGAUGGGAGGGGGAGCGAGCAGAGAGGAAUCCUGUGACAGGGAGGCAGCUGCACGAGAUGUGAGACGCGAGCGAAAGAUAAGCAAAUAUGUGGGAGGGACUGGAACAGGCGGAGCGUGUUUCGUGUGUGGGAAGCAUGCCUCCAGUUCUGUGUAUAGAUAUCAGCAUGCAUCCCGAUGCUUUUGGUGUGGUUGGAAAAUCCAUUAAGCUUAAGUGCAGCUUCACCUCCUCAUACCCAAUUUCUGAUAUAGUUGCUGUGGACUGGACUUAUCGCCAGCUAAAUGGAGGUUCCACAGUAACGAUAUUACACUUCCAGAACAAACCAUACCCCAUUUUGGAAGGUCCUUUCAAAGAUCGUAUAAUUUGGGAGGGAGAUGUGAGACGGGGAGAUGCCUCUAUUUCAUUGACAGACUUAAGACUCACAGACAAUGGGACUUUGUCAUGUAUUGUGUGGAACCCACCUGAUGUGCAUGGAAAUGUUCCUCAGACCAAGCUUACCGUCACCAUAGAAAAUCUCUUCUUCCAGUUCAAUACAGUUAUCCUGCUUUCAGCUCUAGUAUUCAUCCCCUCAGCCUUGGUGUCUCUGCUGCUCCUAAUCAGGAUGAGAAGAUCAAUCAAUAGGGGUAGGACAAAGAACCUGAAAUGGAGGAAGAAGUCACCUAUUGAAGAGUCACAAGAUUGUGUUUAUGAUGAUAAUGAAAAUACGCCACUGCACCCCACAUUACCCCAAGAGCAGUCCCCUGGAUGCUUUAUGAAGUUUUGCCUUCGAUGCCUUGACGAUUCUGAUGAAGACUAAUAAUGAAAAAGGAUCUGACUGAAGAAAGCUCUGUGAGUUUGUGGGCAGAAGGACUGAAGACUUUGUGCAGCGAGAGCAGCAACAAAUUAUUAACACUGGAACUUUUUGUAAAGGUUUAUGUGCAAGUGGCUCAGACAAAAUGUGCAAUAGACUACCAACAUACCUUGAUUCACCGAUUGUCCAGCUAAAGGCAAUUAACGCGCCAUCAAUCUCAAGCCAUUUGUUCCGCUACAAUCACUGUCCAAUGUACAAGUUUUUAUUUUUGUGAUUCUACAGAUGACAAGCACACUACUUAAAAGGAAUCUGCUACAUUUAUGGUUAUGUCCCUUUCUAGCUUCUAAUAAAGUGGAUAAUAACCGUUAAAGAGCUCAGAUGAAAAGAGACAAUUAGGGGUCAUUUAUCAACACUGGGCAGUAACCCAUGGCAACCAAUCAGAUUGCUGCAUUCAUUCUUCUACUUGCAGCUGGCUUCAAAAAGGUAAUCACUGAUUGGUUGCUAUAGGUAACUGCCCAUGGGCAAAUUUGCCCAGUGUUGAUAAAUGAGCCCCAAUGUGUCUAGCUAGCCUCAAGUAAUGGCAGUUUAGGCAAGUAUAUAACUGCAUUCUGAGUUACAGUUCCAUAGAAUCUGGUAAAUGCCAAAACCAAGAAGAUAAUGCAUAUCCAUAUUUUGCAUAUCAGCUGUUUUGUACAUACAGCUAAAUUUUUAUUCUAAAGAACUGUUGUACAUUUUUAUAGUAAUCCACGUGCACAUUUUCUAUCACCUUAGACGUUUACCAGAGAUAAUUAAAACAUUUUAAAAUCAUUCAUGUUCAGACCUUCUCUUAGAACAUAAAAAGGGACACAAAGUAAGAUCUAAAGGCCAAGCACCUUUAUGUGCUCAUUCUGCUACUGCACUGCAUUAUUGGGAUAUGACUAGAAUAAUCUUCAUAUAGUAUAGCUGAUUUUUGUUUUUAUUUUGAGAAAGGUUUUUAAUUCUGGAUUAUCCUUUGUGGCAAAUCUACACAGUGUAGCUGUUUGUAUCACAUUGCUGGCAGGAUCAGCUAGUGGUACAAACAUUUGGAAGUUGAAGUUAUAAAAUCCAUUAUUGCUAUGCAAUAGCUCAAACAGUAUUUGAUAUGAGAAUAUAUUCACACUGAUACCGCACAUAUUGUAAUCUAGUGCUUAAUGUGUAAGAGGAGCGGAGUGUGACAUGGAAUCCAUUUACUGCUACGUUAUGCUCUGUUACGCCUCUGUUUUCCAUUUGCGCAGUAUCAGAUGUUUGUAUGAUAUAGCUCCCAUUCUGUCCAGCAAUAAUCUCUAAACAACACAUUCCUUUAUAUUCCUGUUUGUAACUUUAUAAAACAAAUAUUUAAGGUU